AUGGCGGAAGACGAAGACAACCCCCCUCCCAUCCAGGACUCAAGAGGCAACAUGCAGGAUGAGGAGCCCGACUUGACUACGACCGUCAGCGACGCAAGCACAGCGCUCUUCAAGUCCAACCUCGAGCGCUUCCGUCACUCUGCGGAUGCCAUUCAGAACCCCGACGCCUCAAAUGGGCCACGGCGCUCCAAUCGCAAACGGACAGUAGAAGAGGUCGUCGAGAAUCAGCAAUCACCUAAGGCCUCCCCGUCCUCAGCAAAGCGACGCCGACAGUCCUCCCGCUACGCGCCUCCGUCCAAGUACGCCCAUCUGUCGAAGCUGACCGACAUCCUUGAGCCCAACUUGAUCGCCUUGUUCGUCGGCUUCAACCCUGGCGUCCGCACGGCGACAGCAGGCCAUGCCUCGGGAUGCACAGAUGUCAAGCUGCGACCUGAGCAGGAUGUCGACCUGCCACGGCUGUGCUCGCUCGGCAACACCAACAUAGUCGACAGGCCGUCAAAGGAUGCUGCCGAGUUGAGCAAGGCUGAGAUGGCUGCCGGGACGCCGAUUUUAGAGGAAAAGGUCCGCACGUGUCGACCCGAAGCCGUCUGCAUUGUGGGCAAAGGUAUCUGGGAGGCUAUCUGGAGGUGGCGUUAUAAGCGGGAGAUCAAGAAUCAUGAGUUCCACUAUGGCUGGCAAGACGAUAAAGAGCGGAUGGGCAAGAUGCCUGACUGGGAUGGCGCUCGAGUAUUUGUUGCUACUGCCACCAGCGGUUUGAGUGCGAGUACAAAGCCGGCUGAGAAAGAAGCGAUCUGGAAGCCCUUCGGCGAGUGGGUGAAGACGAGGCGAGAGCAGCGAAAAUCAGAAAACGAAGAGGAGCAACAAGACGCCGGCUGA